AUGUCGACAGAGUGGACGUCGUACCUGAAGAAGGCGGUGGCGACUGCGGAGAGCAGGUUCGACCAAUUGCUUGAGGAAACGUCACAGGGCUCUCAGAGCUCCCAACUCCAAAGCCCACAGCCAAGCAGCACUCCAGAUCUAACCAAAGAUGUGAAAGCAACCCCCUCUCCGCGACUGAGUAUGCAAGAGAGAUUGAGAGGGGCCGUGAGUGCGAGUCCAAGGAGCUCCGGUGAAUUGGAGCGUGAGACGGACUCAGACUCUGUCAGCAUCAAGGACGACGCCAAGGGAGCAGAGGACGUGGAUAAACUGGAUACCCCGCCAACUGAUUCGAACACGUCUAUGCCCCCAGAAUCCAGGGGAGCUAAGGAGCUUGUAUCUGAGUCUGUAUCUGUUGUAGAUUCGGACCUACUUUCGAAGAUCCAGACCGAAAACGCGACAAUGGCUGAACAGCUUGACUCGUUGCAAAACAAGGUGGUACUUCUGGCAGGACUGGAGGCUGAGCGGACCAAAAACAGCCCUGCAAGCGCCAAGAAACUCGCGGAGAAGGACAAGCAAAUUGCUUUGCUUAUUGAGGAGGGCACAAACCUGUCUAAGAAAGAACUUACUUACAUGAACACGAUAAAGAAGCUCCGGGUCAAGGUCAAGCAGGGUGAGACUUUGCAGGAGGGAUUUGACAAGAUUAAAGCGCGACAAGACAAGGAGCUGGGGACUGUCAAGGAGAAACUGAGGAGCAAGGAAUCUGAGUUGAUGAGUCUGAAGGAGGAGGUGAAAAUUCUGAAGAAGAACGUCUCACAAUCGGGGAAGUUGGACAAUCCCGAGUUGAGGGUGGAGCUGGAGGACCUCAAGAAGUCUCGCGACGCCUUAAAGAAGGAAAAUUCAGAGCUAUCCAAUGAUCUAGAGGAGGUGAAAAAGUCUCGUGAUACACUGCAAAGAUCUCGAGAGACCCUUCAGGCAUCCCAUACGACUCUUCAGGAGACCCACGACCAGCUGAAAAACACUCUGAACACAUCCUCUCUGUCAUCCCAGACGUUGAUUGCUGAUCUCAAGCUCGAAAUCUCUCGUCUCGAGACACGUGUAGAGCACUACAGAGGGCUGAACGAAGAGGCUACUGCCCGCAACUCGGAUGAGAAUACUGCUAAACUGCUUAACCAGAUUGAGAAUCUCAACUCGCAGCACUCUCAUUCUCAGGACAACUGGCGAAGUGUGGAGCUUUCGUUACAGGGCAAGAUUUCAAAGCUCGAGGAGGAAGUGGAGGAGUGCAAGUCGCGUGAGGCUGCCUUGAUGAAGAAAAACAAGGCAUUGCAGAAUGAUCUGCGUGCUGAGAGAGAAGAAAUUGCUAAUCUCCAAGACGAGCUAGGAGCUGUCAAUGAGCAGAUCUUCAAGAGCAAACGACAGGUUGAGACACUACGAGAAGAGCUGAAGGAAUGUUUAGCUAAUGAGAAAGAUGACAUUCCUGUAUCUGAACCUGUUUCGGUGCCUUCCAUUGCUAAGUCCCAACACGCUGAAGAAAUGGAGAAGCUUACUCUCAAGAUUGCGGCAUUAGAAGAGCAGCUUGAGGAGCGAAACAUGCGUCUUGCUGCUCGUGAUGAAGCAGAUAUGGCAGUGACAUCUCCUCUGGAGGCAGAGUCUCCUUUUGGGGGUGUUCCCACAUCUCCUUCUGACACUUUUGACCGCUCUUUCUCUUACGAUCGCUCUUUCGGCUCAUUUGAACGGCUGCAAGAUGUCGAUCAGUUAACUGAGCUAGACUCGCGACGGUCUGGAACUGGUCCCUCUAUCCAAGUCAUCGGAAGAAUGAGUUCUCAAGUGCGAAAACUCACGUCCGAAGUCAGUAACCUCAAAGAGGAAUUGGUGCGGGUGGUCGGAGAAAAGGACGAGGCCUCGCGUGAAGUGGUGAGGCUGAUGACCGAAAACGAUGACUUGUUGGAGUCCAAAAUCAAGCUGGAUGCGGUGGAGGGAAGACUAGAUGCGAUGGAAAAACGUGAAUCUCAAGCUCUGGGUAUGCUCGGCGAAAAGGAGGAAAAGAUCAACGAGCUGAGAGCAGAUAUCGCAGACAUGAAGGAGCUUUACUCAAGGCAGAUCAGCGAUCUGGUUGACCAGUUGGUGGAGGCGAAGAAGUAG